AUGGGAAACUGUUUGAGGAAACAUCGUCGAGACCCAAACUCACCAGUUCAAAUUCCUGGCGGUUCUCAUCUAUCCAAGAAAAUUAAUAGAACAGUUGGAGAAGGAGCUAUUCCAACUGUUUCCUCAACUUCUGUCGGUGAAAGAAAACGUGAAAGAGACAGAUCUCCAAUUCAGGAGAUCACACAUGUUACCUCAAACACAGAUAUAGGUGCAGAGAAGCCUAGCAAAAAGAAAAAACGUGGUCUCCGAAUUGCCGGAAAAGCUGCUAAGAGUUCUAAUGUCGAGGGAGUGAACAAGAAUGAUGGAGUGUUUCAUCGUUACUGCAAAUACAAGUUGCACUGCUUUUGUUAUACUGACUUGAAAGAGGCGACGCGAAAAUUUAGUCGCAGAAAUUUAAUAGGGCAAGGUGGAUUUGGUGAUGUUUACAUAGGGUAUGUGACUUACUGCAGUAUGGCAUCUGCUGCAAAACCAAAUGAGGGACUCGCAGUUGCCAUCAAAAGGCUCAGAAAGACCGGGCCACAGGGCCAUGAACAAUGGGAGAAUGAAAUCAGAUUCAUGAGCAAACUAAACCAUCCCAACAUAGUAAAGCUAAUAGGCUACUGCCACGAUGGUGAGCAUAGGAUAUUGGUCUAUGAGUACAUGAGCAAGGGAAGCUUGGAGACCCAACUACUGGCAGAAAAGGCGCCGGAUUUAGAUUGGAGAACAAGAACUAACGUAGCGAUUGAUAUAGCCAAGGCCCUAGAUUCUCUUCACAGUCUUGGCACGCCGGUAAUUCAUAGAGAUCUGAAAGCUUCCAAUGUCUUGUUGGACAAAGACUUCAAGGCUAAGCUAUCAGAUUUUGGCCUGGCAAGAUAUGGACCUCAAGGUGAUCAGGAAUGCAUAAUGACAAGGAUUCUUGGCACCAAAGGCUAUAUUGCACCGGAAUACAUAGAAACUGGACAUGUAACGCUGAAAACCGAUGUAUACAGCUUUGGAGUGGUGCUGUUGGAGAUUUUAUCAGGCAGUUGUGCCGUGAAGAGAUAUUCAGAUGGGAUGGCCGGAGAUCUUGCACAGUGGGCCGGACCAUAUCUUUGCAACAAGCAACAACUGCAUCGAGUGAUCGACCAGAGACUCGGAAGGAACUUCCCAACGAAAGAGGCUCAACAGUUUGCGGAACUCACCCUCCGAUGCCUUGCUGCACACCCUAAGAGCAGGCCAACAAUGACUGAAGUUGUGGCUGAGUUGAAGAACGUACAAGAAAAUUCAAGCAGCAGUGGCAGCAGUAGUAAUAUGAACUCGUACCGUGUUCCAAUAUAUACCUCAUGCCCUCCUUACAAAAUACUUAUACCUAGGCAAACUGCAUGUCAGGCACAUUAAGCUCCUCAUGUCAGUCAUGUCUUUGAUGAUGCCGUAUAUGAUUUUAUAAGGCAUGCAAGCAACUA